GAGGAGCGCGGCGCUGGAGCUGGAAGUGGAGGCUGCGCCGCUGGAUGACGGUAAUCUUGCGAUCACCCAGCUGGAUUCACUGCUCUCGGCGCCUCAGAUCUUCGAGUUUAAGAAGAAUGUGCCUGGGACUGUGAGAUUUGAGACGGGUCAUCCGGCGGCGGCAACCGAGGGCGCCGCUGGGGUUUGGAGCUCAAUGGCGUCGCCGCCACCUAGAACAGGCACUCCAAACUCUUCGAAUUCGGGGAGUACUACUCCUGGCUCCUCUGGCGGCUCGCAAGCAGCUAGAAGUAGUAACAGCUCCGGCGAUGGCAACCUCAAAGAGAAAGUGAAAGUUUGCGUGAGAAUGCGACCAUUCCACGAACACGAGAAGAUUUGCCCGCUGAAACAAGUGCUGUGCGUUCUGGGGAACAGGGUGAUUGUGAAAGAACACGUCCAUCCUCAGUGGCCGAAAUGCCAAGAGAAUGGACAUCUCCAGUUUAAGGUGGACUACGUGCAGGACGAUAGUUUCCUCCAAGUUCAUGUAAAGGACAAGAAAGAUGAGUCGCAGAAGAAGAUGUUUGAAGUUUGCGGGGUUCCAACCAUCGACAACGCGCUCGAAGGCUUCAACUCAACAGUAUUGCCGAGACCUCUUCAAGUCUAAUGAUUCUGGCCUACGGACAAAUGGGAUCCGGGAAAACGUACAGCAUGACUGGCGACGGGACUCCUGAAGGUAGAGGACUGGUCCCGAGACUUGCCAGCGCUCUGAUGAGCAAACUAAGCUGGGAAUUGAAGAAUGGCUUUUGUUCGAUCGAGGUGAGCUAUCUCGAGAUUUAUCAAGAAAAAGUCCGGGACCUUCUAGCCUCGACAGUUAAGCCACCGACCUUGGUGGACUCUAUGUGCCUUCGUGCGGCUCCUCUGAGGUACUAUGAAAGAGCCGAUGACUUGUCCACGAGUGACUCUGAGAUAUCAGAGACGGACACAACAGAGAGCGGGGGCUGUGGUGGUGGAGGGAUGGAAACAUACAGAAGGAUGGCUAUGCAAAGGCCGCCGGGAGCACCGUAUCAGUUCUCGUCCUUCUCUUUCAAUGCUCCCUCCCCGUAUGGAGCAAGGACGGUGUUUCUUCGAGUGAGGGAGCACCCCGUCACGGGACCGUAUGUAGAGGGGCUCUUGUGGAAAGAAGUUACAACGUGGUCAGACAUGGAGAAGUGUCUCAGGAUUGGCUCCUUGAACCGCAUCACAGGUGAUACGCAGCUCUACAAAAACUCUAGCCGCAGUCACACGCUCUUUACAAUCAAGAUCAUCAGGAGAAACCCCGAGAGCGUGGAGGGAAUGCCCGGUCAUUCUGUGUGCUACAUCAACCUCGUCGAUCUAGCAGGCAGCGAGAAAUUGCAAUGCAUACCAAUUGAGAGACGGGAGGAGUCAAGGCGCAUCAAUCGUUCUCUCUCGCUACUCAACGAAGUCAUCCUCAACCUGUCGAGGAGGAGUUUCGUAUCGUAUAGAAACUCGGCACUCACUUGGUUGCUAAGAGACUCUCUGGGUGGAAACAGCAAGACCUUCCUGGUCGCAAACAUCUCCCCGGCCGAGCAGGACUUUCAAGAGAGUGUGAGCACGCUUCGCUAUGCCUCAAAAGCAAACAGGAUACAGAGCGUCCUCACCGUCGGGAACGAUCCCAGGAAGCGAAUCAUCUACAAGAUGAACGAGGAAAUUCGCACCUUGAAUUCGCUUGUAUCGUCAUUGACAGAAAAGAACGAGGUGACAGCCUAAGACAAGAGUCAGACGAGCACAGACUUGUCUCGCAAGAUGAGCCGCGCGAGAUGAAGAUCGAAGAGCUCACACCUGAUCGGCAUCUCCACCUCGUAGAAGGGAUUCUUGAGGACGUAGUCGGUGUAGAGCUCGUAGAUGGUUUUCAAGAGAGCCUCGAUCCCGAUGGCUCCUGAUUCCGCUACAACGAAGAACUUGGUCUCUGGCCAAGAAAUCCAUCUCGAGAAUGAAAAAAAAGAGGUUUUCCAUCGCAUACAAGUACCUGUGAGA